AAUCUCCUGCCAUCGAAGAGUUGGCAAUGACUCCAUUAGCUCCUUUCCAAGAGACAACCGACGAAGAUAUAAAUACUCCAAAUGAUUUCUAUAUGAAAUGUGAAAAAAAUCCGUCGUUAUUUUUUGACGAUGGCGUGCGAUCGAUUGAUUUUGUGCUGGUCUACAAAAUCAAUCAACAGGCCAGUGUGGAGGAUCAACAUGAAGAGAAGAGGCAUAUUUUUGAAAUGAAUCUCAUAGCGGAGGGUUUGGAAAUUGAACGGGCAUGCAAGGAAAAGGAACAAAUUUAUUUUGUUAAGGUGCAUGCUCCAUUGGAGGUAUUGCGACGUUAUGCGGAAAUUCUUAAAUUGCGUAUGCCCAUGAAAGAGUUAAAAUGCAACGUGAAAUUAUUAUCAAAAUACAGUCGACUGCGUUAUGCAGCCCAAUACAUUUCAAAAAAGAUUCCUGGUAUGUCCGUGGUGAAUCGCUCAACAAGCAGUGUAUUUUCUAGUCUAAAAGGUAUUAUAAAAUUCUUCAUGAAGCAUAUCUAUGUCGAUGAACGAAAUUUUCCUCGACGCGCACAACGUUUUACUGCCAUCUAUAGCCGGGAUAAAGAAUAUCUAUUCGAUAUACGACAGGAUAACUUCUUUACACCCGCCGUUCGAUCACGCAUUGUACAGUUCAUAUUGGAUCGUCAGCGUUUCACACCAAAGAGUAAAGAUGAAAUGGCCUUUGGCAUUGAAAGAAUGGUGGCCUCAAAUAUAUAUUGUGCUGCCUAUCCAUUGCAUGAUUCUUUGUUUCUCCCUUAUGGCGAAGUAAAUGAAAAGAAUACAAUGCGUCACACGCUAUAUACCCAUUGGGCUUCCGUGCGAAAAUGGUAUCGUUAUCAACCCUUGGAUUAUAUCAAAGAAUAUUUUGGUGUUAAAAUUGGGUUAUAUUUUGCCUGGUUGGGAUUCUAUACAUAUAUGUUGUUAUUGGCAUCCGUGGUUGGUGUAUUUUGUUUUAUAUACUCAUGGUCAACGCUCAAAAAUUUUGAACCUGUGAAAGAAAUAUGCGGUGGCAAGCGUAACAUUACCAUGUGUCCCCUCUGCGAAUGGUGUGAUUUUUGGGACCUCAAAGAGACUUGUUUUUAUGCCAAAAUUUCCUAUUUAAUCGAUAAUCCCAGUACGGUAUUCUUUGCCGUAUUUAUGUCCUUUUGGGCAACUCUAUUUUUGGAAUUAUGGAAACGUUAUUCAGCCGAAAUUACACAUCGUUGGGAUUUGACGGGUUUCGAUGUUCAUGAGGAACAUCCGCGACCUCAAUAUUUGGCCAAAUUACAACAUUUACCCCAUACACGUACCGAUUAUGUGACAAAUAUGCGAGAACCAACGGUGCCCUUUUGGCGUAUGAAAUUACCCGCAGCCGUUUUUAGUUUUUCCAUGGUUUUACUUUUGGUAGCACUGACGCUGGUUGCCGUAUUGGCUGUAGUGGUUUAUCGUAUGGCCACCAUGGCCUCGUUAAUGUUGCGCAAAAGUAAUCCCAUGAAUACAUCAAGUGCCAUUGUGUUGUCUACCUCAUCGGCGGCGUUUUUGAAUUUAUGUAUGCUCUAUGUACUUAAUUAUGUUUAUAAUCGCUUAGCAGAAUAUCUCACCGAAUUGGAAAUGUGGCGUACCCAAACCCAAUUUGAUGACUCCUUGACAUUGAAGAUGUAUCUUCUGCAAUUUGUGAAUUACUAUGCUUCCAUAUUUUAUGUUGCUUUUUAUAAGGGGAAAUUUGUUGGACGUCCUGGUGACUAUACAUUGUGGUUUGAUUUUAGACAGGAAGAGUGCUCUUCCGGUGGCUGUUUGACAGAAUUAUGUAUCCAAUUGGCCAUUAUAAUGAUAGGAAAACAAGCUUUCAAUUCCAUAUUGGAAGUUAUAAUGCCAAUGAUUUGGCGUAAAAUUGGUGCCAUACGUGUGGGUCUCUCCAAACUGUUUGCACCCAAAGAACAUGACAAACAAAAGGAUACCGAAAGAUGGGUUCGAGAUUUGAAGCUAUUGGAUUGGGGUACACGAAGUUUGUUUCCGGAAUAUUUGGAAAUGGUUUUACAAUAUGGAUUUGUAACAAUAUUUGUGGCAGCUUUCCCAUUGGCACCAUUUUUCGCUUUGCUAAAUAAUAUUUUGGAAAUGCGUUUGGAUGCCAAAAAACUUUUAACACAUCAUCGACGACCAGUAUCGCAAAGAGUACGCGAUAUUGGAGUAUGGUAUCGUAUUUUGGAUUGUAUCGGAAAAUUAAGUGUUAUUACAAAUGGCUUCAUAAUAGCUUUCACCUCAGAGUUAAUACCGCAAUGGGUUUAUCGUCACUUUUCACCAAAUGGUUCCUUAGAAGGUUACUUAGACUUUACACUAUCACAAUUUAAUACCAGUGAAUAUAAUCAGACACGAAGUUUGUCGGCAAAAUAUGAUAAUUUAACUACAUGCCUAUAUGCAGAUUUUCGUGAACCACCUACCUCAGAGAAAAGAUAUCAAUUAAAUAAUACAUUCUAUAUUAUAUUAGCCUGUCGUUUGUGUUUUGUUGUUAUUUUUGAGAAUUUCGUUGCCUUAGUUAUGAUUAUUGUACGUUGGUGUAUACCCGACAUGAGCGUUGGUUUGCGGGAUCAAAUACGACGUGAAGCUUAUAUAACAAAUGAAAUUAUUAUUGAACAGGAGACUCGUCGAGCCAGAACCGAACGUGCCAAAGGUAGUCAAUCGUUACGCUUGCCCGAUUCCGAAUCGAAUACUCCCGAUCCAAAUGAUCGUUUUAUACGCAUUGAACAACUGCUGUGCAGUGAUUUGUCUCAGUCACAAAUGGAUUUAAUAAUACAUGGUAGUAGUACCGAGACCGGUAUUAGGGGUAGUGAAGUUUAG